AUGCAUGAGGUUGUGACGCUCCAGUUCGGACAACGGGCAAAUUAUCUAGCGACCCAUUUCUGGAAUCUUCAGGAGUCAUAUUUCACAUACAGCGGUCAAGAUGAGUCUCUAGUAGACCAUGAUGUGCAGUUUCGACCGGGUGUUGGGGCAGACGGGAUCGAGACUUUCACGCCUCGAACGUUAAUAUAUGACCUGAAGGGCGCAUUUGGCACUCUCCGUAAAAACAACGCCUUGUACGAGUUGAGUGAGGAUCUAGUCCCCGGACAAGGCCUAUGGGAUGGUAAAGAGGUUCUACAACAACUUGCUCCGAUUCCGCAGAGCGAAUAUCAAAAAAGCCUUGACGCAGGCACCACAGCACCUCAGCUUUCAUCAGAAACCGUUCGAUUCUGGUCUGAUUAUAAUCGCGUCUUCUACAACCCACGCUCAAUUGUGCAGCUUAAUGACUAUGAACUAAACUCCAGAAUUAUGCCUUUUGAGGACUGGAAUCUUGGUGAAGAUCUUUUCAGCGACCUCGAUAAGGAGCAUGAUUUGCUUGAUAGGGAUGUACGACCGUUUGUUGAAGAGAGUGACCAGCUACGCGCGUUUCAAAUUUUCACUUCAUCUGAUGAUGCUUGGGGCGGGUUCACUGCCAGGUAUGUGGACAGGCUUGUUGACGAAUACGGAAAGAAAGCCGUCCUGGUUUGGGCUAUGGAGGAUGGCAGAAGGACUCACCAGCGUGAGGUGAACAAAGCCCGGUCGGUGUAUUCUAUGUCGUCUGAAGCAACCAUGUAUACUCCUAUUAUAGACCCUCCUAGUCGGCUUCCAAACACCAUACGACUUGCUAAUAGCUCGGAAUGGUACACGUCUGCAUUGAUCAGCAUGGCUAUGGAAAGCGUGACUCUUCCGAUGCGACUACGGCCGUAUCACAAUUUCGAGUCCUUCCUAGCAGGUGACGACAGUAUUCGCCGAAUAUUUGAACUACAAGCCUCAGUCGUUCAGCCAGAAGGCCAUAACAAAGCGCGCCAGAAGCCAACGGCAGAAUCCAAUACAAUGGAAUCCUCCGAACCAGGGUCUUCAAAAGUGAAAACAGAAUUUGACGUGGAUUUCACUUACGAUUCCCCAGCCAGCGACAAAUCACACGUAUUUAACCAGCUUCAGGUCUUACGUGGCUCCAAGCCAGACGAUGAGGACGAAGACUCAUUGGAGGACUUGGGCUUUCAACGGAAGAUGCGACUUUACAACUCAGAACCAAUGUUUCACAGAUUCUAUACGCCACUGCCAUAUCCCAUACUCGACAGCUUCCCUGAUGACAUGAUCACACAGUCAACGUCUGAAAAGAAACUCAACAUCACUGCUGCGCUUACAUCGUCCACCCGGACAGCAGACAGGAUCAGGAAUCUAGAGGUUCUGGCGGGCCGAGUGAUUACAGUAGAUGAACGGGAGAAUCUUGUCAAUGGAUUGGGAGAGAUCCGGGAAUCGUACGAGACGGGGUGGAUGAGCGACUCGGAAUUUGAUGAUGAUUAA